ACAACACACCCAGGGAUUAGUCUAAGGGCUUUAAUGGGUUUUGUGAAGAGCCUGCUAAAAGAAGCAGGGCCCAUCCACAAUCACAUUACCGUCUCCACUGCCAAGAAAAUCAACAGGAGGACUUGGUUCACAGGUGUUUUUCUAGAAGAAAGUGAAGCCCAGUGCUAAACUGUUCUGGCACAGUAAGUACUUCAGAGACAACAUUCCACAGCUUUAAAGGAAAGGAAAGUGAGGAGGGAAAAGCUUCCUUCAGUCAGCGCCAUGGGGGCCUCCCAGUCAAAACGGGGUGAAUACAGAACUCAGAAGAGCAGUCUGAACCCAGAAGGAGACAGCAGAAGCUUUGAGCAUGGCACCUACCAGGCAUCUGAAAGCCACAGGAGCCUCAUUGAGCCUAAGAAACUGCCAAACCCAGUGAGGGAGUCCAAGUACCAUCGGGAGUUGCACCGGGAACUGAUUUUCACUCAAAGGAGGGGGAUCCUUCCAGAACACAAGCCUGAGCUUCAGAGAGUUCUAGAAGCCAGAAGAAUCAAGCAGCUGAAGCAGCAGGAAGAAACCCAAAAGCCCUUGACAGAUCUGGAAGAAGAGCUGAGAAAACGACAGCAGAAGCUUGACCAGGUCUUUAGCAUCUGUUCCCCAUAUGAAAGAGAGCUGGUCUUGAAGGGCGAGCAAGAUGGCCGGCCUGAGUUCAUCCUCGUCAAAGAGAGCCUGAGGAAGAUAAAGCUGUCGACAGAAACGGACAUCAGGCAGACAUGA